GGAUCAGCUGAGGCAUAAGCUAAUCCACCAUAUAAUACACUAAUAAAAAAUAAACAUGUGGAAUUUAUUUAGUCAUUACUCCUACACUGCAACUCCUUUUUCUUUAAGAGGAAGAAACACGCGGAUGAGAGACUGGACGCGGUUGUGGAGGUUGAGGCGGGGGCCGACGAGAGCUGAGGUCGAAUCGGGGAGGCGGGCUCUGUCGGCGGCGUCGGCGGCGGAGGGAGGAGGGGAUUGAGGAUUGAGGCGGAGGGCGUAGAGAGGCGGCUCGAUCCGGAGCCUGCGCUUGCGGCGGCGGCGUUCGGCUGCGGCUUCCUCUGCGGAGGAGAAUCCGUAGGAGCGCUGCGAGAUGAAGGAGGAAUUGUCCAGGCAUUGGGGCUGGGAGUGUUGAGCGGCGGCGGAGAACUGAUUGGGGGUGAAAUUGGUGGUAGGAUACGGCGGAUGAGGGGGAUUGGUGAGAGGGGUAUCUGUAAAGUGAAUGAGAUUGCUAUAAUUUUGAAUUUCCUAACUUAGAAUGCCAAGCUUCAGCAGUAAUCACUCACAAACACAUGCGCGUCUGUGUGCGAACAGAGAGAUAAGAGAGGGAAAUCGGUGUUUCUUUCUCUUAAAGACAAAGGAGUUGCAGUGUAGGGAGGGAGAGAGUAAUGACUAAUGAGUGAAGAUAUGCAGUUAUUCAGCAAAAGGCGGAGGAAGUGAAGAACUACCAGCAGCCGCCGCGCCACCACUGAUUCACGGCAGGAAUGGGCAGCAUCAGGAGCAGCUCCGUUCAUCGUUUCACUACAUGUCUCAUUGGCUUUUCCCUUCUCAUGGCCAUCCAUUCUGAAAAUCGAGAUGGUGAAGUUGAUAAUGAACAUGAAUUUUCAUAUUUGAAGAAUUCUUCAAAAGGAACAGAACACUGGGGAAGUCUCAAAGAAGAAUGGAAAUUAUGUUCAAUUGGAAAUUUCCAAUCCCCAAUCAAUAUUAUCAAGAAAAGAGUUAUGGUUUCAUCUCAAAUAGGGAAAUUGAGAAGAAACUAUAGACCAGCUCUUGCUGUAUUAAGGAAUACAGGACAUGACAUCAUGGUUGAAUGGAAUAGAUAUGCCGGGAGCGUACAUCUCAGUGACAACAAGUAUGAUUUAGUACAGUGUCAUUGGCACACGCCUUCUGAACAUACGCUCGGAGGACGAAGGUACGACAUGGAACUGCUAUAUGGUCCAUAGAAGCUCCGAAGGACAGUUUGUUGUAAUUGCUAUUCUAUAUCAUUUAGGACGUUCUGAUCAUUUUCUCGACAAGGUCAGUGGUAAGGGGUAUAAUCGUCAUCUUGCAAUAAUGUAACUUACUCCUUCCGUCUCAUGUUAGUUGCACUUUUCAUUUUCGGACUUUUACAAAC